GGAUUAGAAUCGAUGCUCUUGGGGCGAAACACGAACCAGUAAAUACAUAAAAUAAUAAACUUAAUUUUCUAUUUAUUUCGAACAGACAAUAAUAAACAAAUACAUUUUUAAAAUCUGAAAAGUUUAAGAAGCUAUUUAAGAUUUCCAGUCCAAAUUUGCAUUAACCUUCCUAAAUCAACCGGGGUUGGCGCUGUGGCCCAACAGGAAUUCAAAGGGAACUCGUCUUCUUCCGGUAUUGGAGGACAACAUGGCGGCCUUGUGGAGACUGAGGUUCGGGUGCCGGUCCGCGUUCCGCUUCUCCUCAAACGUUUCCGUCCGGACCUGCUUCAGCUCGGACAGUGAGGACGGAACCAGAGCCGCAGCCGGUUUCGCGGCUGCCUUUCAACGGCAGGCGGAGCUCCAGCGGGAGGCAGAGUCCUCCGCGCCCGAUCAGAGUGCCUCCAUCUCCGGCCAGGAGCAGACCUUCGCCUCGCUCUUCCAGGCUGUUCCGGUCAGAGACAAGGUUGUAGUUGGGAACAUCUUCCAUGUGGUCCGGGACGACCUGUACAUCGACUUCGGAGGGAAGUUUCACUGCGUCUGCCGAAGACCCGCGGCCGGAGGAGAGAGGCUGCAGCGGGGCUCCAGGGUCCGGCUGAAGGUCCUGGACCCGGAACUUACCGCCCGGUUCCUGGGAGCCAAGACCGACACCACCCUGCUGGAGGCCCAGGCGGUCCUGCUGGGUCCGCUGGAGGUACGGGAAGCCCAAGGACGGGUGCAGAAGCAGGACUAGAACCGGAACAAUGGCUGAAGCCAGAAGCGGGACCAAAAACAGUUCUGGUUCAGCGUCUGGACCGCAGAGUGCAUCAUUACAAUACUCUUUUCAAUCAAGUUUGAGUAAAAUGAUCAGAAUAAAUAUUUAUAAAGUA